CUCACUACUUAAACCCCUGAAAACGUCAUAGGAACCAUCCCUUGAUCAAAAACCCACAGGCCACAACACCAAGAAACCAGCAUCUUCUGCAGCUCUGAAGAAAACUCGAUCACCAUGGACAUGCCUUCUCUUGUUCUCCUCCUGCUCGUCUUCAUUGCAACAGGCAGCCGCGCCGCGGGGCAGGUGUUCUGCCGCUCGCAGUUCAACCUGGCCAACGAGGCCUGCAGCCUGCGCACCUUCUCCGGGCCCAACCCGGCGCAACCGCUGCAGCUGCACAGCAACAGCUCCUCGGCAUCCUACGAGAUACAGGCGGACCACCACGAGCACGAGCACAGCCACGAGCACGAGCACGAGCACGAGCAUAGCCACGAGCACGAGCACGAGCACAGCCACGAACACGAGCGCGAGCGCGAGCACACGCACAGCCGGCGGCACGGCUUCGGGCACGGCGGCCGCGACCCCUACGACACCGCCUGCUGCCGCCGCCUCAUGGGCAUCGACAACGCCUGCAUCUGCCAGGCCAUGUCCUUCCUCCCCGUCUUCAUGAGCAAGGUCAAGCACGCCAUCAAGCUCAGCCCCGUCCCGGGCUGCGACGUCUCCUUCGAGUGCGGCGCCGUCAACUGAACUGACGCCGCGGACCUUCACCUUCUUGCUGCCAAAAACUUUUCAAAGGAAAUAAACUGUUGGGUUGGGUACAUUACAUGGAAAAUCUUCAGCCUUUUUGGACUAGAAUUUUCUUAGUGUUACGUAUAUGUAGCUCCUACACUACACAUAUUGAAGUUUUGGAGCUUGAAUUGUAUUCAUAAGAAUGUGGAUUCCAAUCUUGGAUAUUUGAGAGCAAUGCCUGACUGAAACAUUUCAGAACUCUAG